AUGGCCUCGCCACCAGAAGGCGCCUUCCCCCUCCCGCCGAUCCUCGCACUCCCCUCCUCCCCCGCCGGCGCCCCCGUCCUCGUCACCCAGGGCGCCGAGGCCCGCCUCUACCGCACCACGUUCCUCGCCCCGCGCCUCCCCGCCGCCCUCAAGUACCGCCCCAAGAAGCCCUGGCGCCACCCGACCCUCGACGCCCGCCUCACCCGCGCCCGCAUCCUCGCCGAGGCACGCGUCCUCGCAAAGUGCCGCCGCGAGGGCUGCCCCGUCCCCGCCCUCUACGCCCUCGACGAGGUCGCCGGCUGGCUGAUGCUCGAGUGGAUCCCCGGCGCCCCCGUCCGCGUGCGCAUCAACGAGUGGCUCGACGGCGUUGUCGCCGACGUCCUGGAGGACGAGGCCCGAGACGGCGGUAGCCGCGCCGACUACCGCGCGAGGCGGCCGGACGCCUAA